UGCAUGUGCAGAUAGUGCAGUGUUUACGGUGUUUGGUAUUUUGUGUUUUUGUUAUUGUGUGAAACAAAAAUGGAAUGGGAUGAUGUUUUAUACGUAUCGUUUCUUUUAUUCAGUAUUUUAUUUGGUUACGUAAUUCGGACUAUUAGGAGCAGAGAAAGAAAGAAAUACAUCGCCACAUUUGUUGGACUACUUGUCGUUUACGCCGUAGCCGGCGUACAUAUUUUGCACCCUCUGUUUUCUACGUUGGUCAGUACGAUGAUUAUCACUCGUGGAAAUCGUAGGUCAAGCCAUUUAAUCAAUCUCGCAUUUUUAUUUGGCUACCUGUUGUUUUUUCGAAAUACCAUUUAUUUUGGAAUACCAUACCCACCACCACAUGCAAACCUUGUACAGAUGAUUCUUACACUCAAGCUUUCUGGCUUGGCUUUUGAAAAGAAUGAUUCCGAAAGUAAGAAUGUGUCAGAAAAGUCCAGCGAUAAGCUAGAACUCCAACAGCAAGAAGAAAUUAAUUAUGAUGGAUUGGAAAUAUUUCAUUAUGCUUUUUGUUAUGUUGGUGUUCUCACAGGUCCUUAUUACAGAUAUCGUACAUAUCGGGACUGGGUACAGUGUCCUUUUGCUGAGUUUGCACCUUGCAUUCAGGCAACAAUCCAAAAGCUUAAAUAUGUGCCAUUGUAUGCAGGCUUAUUUCUUCUUGCCUCAUACCUGUAUCCAAUUCAGUACAUGGAGUCAGAAGAAUUUUACAAUGAGAGAUCUAUUCUCUACCGUAUAUGGUACCUGACUCCUACGUUUUUCAUAUUUCGCAUGAGACUGUACACUGGCAUGGUACUGUCUGAAUGUGUCUGUACUAUGGCUGGAUUUGGGGCCUAUCCUGCUUCAGCUGAAUCUCGAAGAGGUCAUGGACCAACAAAAACAUACACAGAUGUGUAUGUUAACUCUGGAAAUGGAAAGAGAGAAUCCUAUGAUUUUGAAACAGUCCAUAAUGUUGAUCCUUUCUUAAGUGACUUUGUUCCAACUACUCGUGCUGCAAUGAAGCACUGGAAUUCUUGUGUACAGUAUUGGUUGGCUGUCUAUGUCUACAAAAGACUACCAUUUAAAAAGCUGCGGACUCUGAUAACUAUGUCUGUGUCGGCCUACUGGCAUGGCGUCCAUGCAGGCUACUAUUUGUGCAUGUGCACAGUUCCAUUCUACUUGCCUGUUGAAGACCUGUAUGUUCGACUUUUCCAGAAAGAUGCUAAAGGAAAUUACCAAGGGAACAGUUACUGAGAGGAGUUGGGAGUGAUCGGCCGCAGUCUGCGGUGGAGAGAAGCCAUGUGACAGGAGAGGUUGCAGCGUGCUGUGAUUGUGCUAUUAAUGCUGCAGGAGACUGGUAUUAGUUGAGGAUUUUUGGUAAU